AUGGUUUGGCUGAAAGGCAAAGAGCGGCCAAAGCCAUCGGCAAAUCGAAGGGUGGCCCCUGCACCCCCACCCCCACCCCCUCCACCUGGAAGAUCGAAGCGGGCGACCAACAUGUUUGAGACCAACCUGCGCGCACGCAGAGUCGCGGGGCAUAAUGCACCGGUUCUCGCCAAGGUAGCCCGGCGCUACACAGGGAGCAAUCUGUCAAAUGCCAACAUUCUGCGCAAUUACAGUCACAAGUACAAGUGGAUCAUGGAUUCGGUCGCUCUGGCAGAUGCAGAGCGCAAAAAGCUCAAGUUGCCCGUAAACGUGGUUGGCCAUAUCAUUCCAAAGGAGCCUGGAUGGAGGGUGGCAGAGGUGGGGGUGUUCCUGGGCGACCUCUCAGCAUUCAUGCUGUCACUGGAGCCAGCGGAGCUGCACCUCAUCGACCCAUUCGAGGGGCAGCUGGUUUCGGGCAAUCGGGACGGUGACUCUAUCCGCACGUGCCAUGGGAACGAUGCGAUUGAGUAUGUGCGGCGACGGUUCGAGGGUGACAACAGGGUGUUCAUCCAUCGGGCGUGGUCCCCGCAAGGACUGCUGCAAUUCUACAGGGGGUACUUUGACCUCGUGUACCUGGACGGGUCGCACACUUACGAGGACGUGAAGAAGGAUCUGGCGGCGGCCUUGACCAGAGUGAAGCCAGGGGGGUUCAUCUGCGGACAUGACUAUGGGGCGAAUCCGAAAAAGCCUUGGGUCCUCAUCCGGCGAUCGGAGGUCUUGAGGGGCAUUGGAGGGGCACACGAGCUAGGGCUGUUUGCGGCGCGCCCGAUGCCAGCGGGGACCAUCAUUGGGAGAUACCUGGGCUUUGUGUUGGGAAAGCGAGGGAGAAGGCAAGUAGAGAGGGAGGCAAAGGUGCUGGAGGAUGCGGGCAAGGCAGCCUACCUACUGACGAUAAGGGGCAUCAUUGUGGACGGCUCAAGGCCACCUCAGAGUGAUGAGGAGCAGCUUGCGGUGGCUGGCACGGUGCUGUUCCCAACAGACGAGUACGACUACCCUGGGGCUCACAUGCACAUCAUGAACGAUGGGCACGGCAUGCCGUAUCCAAACAACGUCAUGAUUGACGCAGACGGGUUUGCCAUCACAAUGGUUGACGUUCCCGCUUACGCCCCAAAGGGCUCGCAUGAGGCAAAGGCUCUGAGCGAACUCCUGUGGGAUUACACGGACAGCUAUUGGGAGAUGAUGGACUCUCUGCUGGCUGCAAACAAGAAGCGGAAGGGAGAUGCAGCACGGAAUGAGAGAUAUGCAAAGAGGGCGAAGAUUGGGAAGUAG